UAGAAAAUCCCCCCUUCCCCUCCCCGAAAAAAUCCUAGCUACUGGUCUGCCUAACAGAAUUUACUUUUCCUUUUUUCACUAUUUACUAUCAGAUUUUCGAAAAUUUAAUAAAUUGAAUACCCCCAAACCCUCAUUGUGAACGCCUUCCUCCCUAUUUAACCCUUAUCAUAAUCAAUCCCCCUAAUUUUAAAAUUUAUAUUAGGCAGAAAUGUCUCAUUUAUUUCUUGGAACAGGAGGGACAAUAUUUACCUAUACAAUAUUAACAAUUUAUUUAUUUGGAGAUUUGGCUGUAUAUUCUACAAUGGUUCCCAAAUCUUUAAUGAAUAUUAUUUGUUCUACUUUAAAUUCUUCUGCCUCUUUAAAUCCAAAUUUGCCUUGCCAUAAUGGACUAGAUAAUUGGCUAAAUUUAUUUAGUCGAUUUUUUGUUUAUCAAUUUUGUAUUUUAAUUUUUGUUGGAUUUUGUUUUCCAAUGAUUUUAUUGGGAAUGACUAGAACUAAAUGGUUACAAUUAUCAACUACUUUAUCUAGAUGGACUGGUUUGGUUUUUCUUUAA